AACAAAGCAUAAAAAAGUGUAACAACUUCAUCGAGUGAGGAUGGGUUUGAGAUGGUGUUUGAUAUUCGGAUUAACUUUGGGCCUUUUCACGAGUUGGACACGGUCUGAGCUCAUUAAACAUCAACAAAGAGUGCAAGAGGAACUCAACAAUUGGUGGCGUCAAGAGGUUUUCUACCAGAUCUAUCCGAGAUCCUUCCAGGACAGCAAUGGCGAUGGCAUUGGAGACCUUAACGGCAUUACCUCCAGGCUGCAAUACUUUGUCGAUACGGGUAUUUCGGCGGUCUGGCUGAAUCCAAUUUUCCAAUCCCCUAUGGCGGACUUUGGCUACGAUAUAUCCGACUACAGAGCUAUACAACCCGAGUAUGGUACUUUGGCGGAUUUUGAUCAACUUAUAGCCACUGCAAAAGCUUUGGGAAUCAAGGUUAUACUGGACUUUGUGCCAAAUCAUAGCUCCGAUAAGCAUGAAUGGUUCAUCAAAUCGGUUGCAAGAGAGCCUGGGUAUGAGGAUUUUUACAUUUGGGAAAAUGGAACAGUGACGGAAGAUGGAGAUCGAGUGCCGCCUAAUAAUUGGCUAUCAGUGUUCUCUGGUUCCGCUUGGGAGUGGAAUGAAGAACGCGAACAGUACUAUUUGCGGCAGUUUACCAAAGGACAGCCUGAUCUGAACUAUCGUAAUCCUGCUGUGUUGCAGGCUAUGGAUGAAAUUUUGAUAUAUUGGCUGAAUCGAGGUGUGGCUGGCUUUCGCAUCGAUGCAGUGAAUUACAUCUAUGAGGAUGAAGAGCUGCGAGAUGAACCAUUGAGUGGCACUACAAGUGAUCUUAACUCUCCUGAUUCUCUUGAGCAUAUUUACACCAGGAAUCAACCCGAGGACUAUACACUUGUUCAACACUGGCGACAGCUACUGGACAACUACAGUGCUAACAAUGGCGGUGCUCUGAGGAUAAUGAUGCUAGAAGCUUAUGCGGACUUGAAGCUACUGAUGGAUUACUACGAGGAUCCUCAGGGAGUACAGGGGGCACAGUUUCCAUUUAACUUUGGCUUUAUAACCGAACUCAACGAGAACUCGACUGCUCAGGACUUUGUGUUCAACAUUGAAAAAUGGUUGAUCUAUAUGCCCGUUGGUCAUACAGCCAAUUGGGUGAUGGGCAAUCAUGACAAUCCGCGUGUAGCUUCUAGAUAUGGUGCCAAGGCAGUGGAUGCCAUGAAUAUGCUGCUGAUGACACUGCCAGGCAUUGCAAUUACUUAUUAUGGUGAGGAACUGGGCAUGAAGGAUUAUCGUGACAUCAGCUACGAUCUGACCGUGGAUCAACCUGCUUGUGAAGCUGGUCCCGACGACUACAAAUGGAUCUCACGUGAUCCUGAGCGCACGCCCAUGCAAUGGAAUGAUGAGAAGAGCGCUGGUUUCUCAAGCAAUGCCAGCACAUGGUUGCCCGUGAAUCCCAAUUAUCAGGAAUUGAAUCUGCGCGCUCAACUCCGAGCCACACGCAGUCAUUACAAGGUCUAUCAAUCGUUGCUAAAAUUGAGGAAAUUACGUGUGUUGCAGGAGGGAAGUUUUACGGCAAAGGCUCUCAAUCGUCAAGUGUUUGCUCUGAAGCGCGAAUUGAAGGGUUAUGGCACAGUGUUGACCAUCAUAAAUGUGAGCAAUCGUACUCAGCAGGUGGAUGUCAGUGACUUUAUCCAUUUACCCAAUCGUCUGACCCUUGCGGUUGUCGGUGUCAGCUCACAGCACAGAGAGGGAGAGCGUCUCAAACCCGCUGAGAUCAAUUUGGCACCUUAUGAGGGUCUUGUCAUAACGCUUAAGGUUCAUAAAUAAGCGUUUGAUUAAAUAGCGGGCAUUUAAAAGUUAUUCGAGUAUACGUAUACGUUGUAUUUUAUAAAAGUAUUGGUGUGCUUUAGCAAACAGCUUUUCGAAACUUAACUUAUUUAAAUAAGCUUACACUACAUAAA